CUCAGAAAUGCACGAAAAUUGCCCAUCUUCAUUUGGCAGAGAACCAUUGAGCAAGAAAUAGCGAUACCAGAGAGAAGGGCAACAAAACCUAGAGAGAUACGCCGAUGUCUGUCGCGAACAGAGCUGCGAUCACCCGAGCCCUAGAUUUCUCCAAGUUAUCUUCUACCUUCAUCAGAACCUUCAGCACUUCUUCGCCGUCAACCUCUUCCUCGAACCCUAAUGCCUCGGCUGCUUCCAGUUCAAUCAAGCGGAGGAAGAAGAAGAAGAACCUGUUCGAAGUUGUUCAGUUUUUGCCUAAAUGGGGAGUAGGAUACCAUGUGGCCAAGGCUCACUGGGAUGAGAUAUCCUACCAGAUCACCAAAAUCAAUCUCUACAAGAAUGGCAAUCAUGGCAAGGCAUGGGGUAUCGCUCACAAAGAUGGCAUGCCCAUUGCAGAAGCUCCAAAGAAAAUCAGCGGAGUUCACAAGCGCUGUUGGAGGUAUAUUGCAAGGUUGUCAAAUCAUGAGAGUAUACCGACCACGACGAAAUCAAUAGAAAGCAACCCAUCAGCCGAAGUUCAAACUUCAUGACUGCAGAGAAAUUUAAGUUACUGAUGCUUUUUGGCCAACCUUAUUUCCCGGUUCCUUCUAGUCUCUCCAGAUUAGCCUUGAAUAUAGUUGUGUUUCUUAACUCCGUUAUUUGAGGGACAUGCUGAACUUAUCUUGUUACCAAGAUAAAAGAAAGAUCAAUGAAUCAUCCCGAACCAAGUGUAAGUUGAAUCUGUUUUCUGAAUUGUUUUCUCAGUUAUUUGUGGAUUUCUAUGUUUAAUAGAAGAGGUUGAGGAAUCUAGUUGAUCUUGUUGA